CUUUCACAAACCACAGCAUAUCGCAUUCACCAUGGCGUCCGUCUACAAAACUGUUUCAAAGAAAGCCGCCCAGCGCAUUGCCCGGGAGCAGGAGCUCGAUGAGGAGGAUAUCGAAAUGGAGGAACUCCUUGCUGACGCCGACGAUUCGAGCGACAGCGAGGACGACGAGGAAAUCACUACUGAAGCGGCGAAGAAGCAGCUUGCUUCUGGGUUCAUGCCCAAGACUCGCGUCCUGAUGUUGACCUCCAGAGGUGUAACCUAUCGCCACCGACACCUGCUCGCAGACCUUGCCUCUCUUCUCCCCCACACUCACAAGGAAAGCAAACUCGACACGAAAAAGAAGACCGCUGGCUACAACCUCCUCCUGAACUCUCUCGCCGAUCUUCACUCUUGCAACGUUAUCUUCUUCCUCGAGGCUCGUAAGCAGGGUCAAGAUUUGUACCUCUGGCUUGCGCGCCCUCCCAAUGGACCUACCAUCAAGUUCCACGUCAACAACCUGCACACCAUGGCCGAGCUGAAUGCCGGGUUCAGCGGAAACUGCUUGAAGGGCGGUCGGGGUCUCGUGGUUUUCGAUCGCUCGUUCGACGAGCAGGGUCCGCUCAUGAGCUCCCCCGGCAGCGAAUACCGGGGUUUGAUCAGGGAGAUGAUCCGCGGUGUCUUCUGCGUUCCCAAGCGUGGCGUGAAGGGUAUGAAGCCGUUUGUUGACCGCAUCAUUGGUGUCUUUGGUGUGGAUGGCAAGAUCUGGAUCCGCGUCUAUGAGAUUCGGGAGUCUGAGGGCGAGAGCAAGAAGGAGGAGGGCAAGGACGCGAAGCCCGCUCCCAAGAAGAAGGAUGGACAGCCGGAGAUCUCUCUCGUUGAGAUUGGACCUCGCUUUGUCUUGACGCCGAUCGUGAUCCUGGAGGGCAGCUUUGGCGGCCCUGUCAUCUACGAGAACAAGGAAUACGUGAGCCCCAACCAGGUCCGCCGUGACAUCCGCAUUGGCAAGGCCGCCCGCCACGCCAACCGCAGGGAUGCGGAGACGGACCGUUUCGCGAAGCGGUCGAAUCUGGGAUUGGGUGACGGCGAGAAGAAGCCCGGUGCUCUGGACACACGGCACCUGUUCGCAUAAUCGCUUUUCUGUUUCGCAUCGCUUUCUUCUGUUAUUUCUACGCCCUAUUAGACUCUGAUAUCCUGAAGGGAUGUAUAUGUAUUGAUGUGGGGGGGUACAUUCAUGGUUCUCUUUCAAGGCGUCUGGUGUGACAAUAAUAAAAGUACUUGACGUUAUCGUUCAAUUUGCGCUCAUUUCGAUGACCCCCAAUUCAUGUCAUGGCUUGCCUCUAUCUGGCUCUUGUCAUUAGU